AUGAAGACUCUCGUUCUCCCAGCCCACGACGUCGCCUCGAUUCUCGAUCCCGCUCUCGCUCACCUUCUCGAUCCGAUUCUCGGUCGCCCACUCCUCGUCGCAAUGGGCGCUACCGAAGCCGAAGUCGAUCCUACAGCCGUAGCCCGAGUCGGAGCCACAGCAGGAGCCGUAGCUGGAAUUGUUGUUGAGAGGUUAACGAAGAACAUCACUGAGGAUCAUCUUCAUGAGAUCUUCGGUCAGUUCGGUCCUAUUGAUGAUUUGGAUCUACCCAUGAACAGGCAAUUCAACUCCAACCGUGGCACCGCCUACAUCCUCUACCUUCACGAGGCCGAUGCUGAAGUGGCCGUUGCGAACAUGCACGAGGCUCAAAUUGACGGCACGACAAUAAACGUCUCCAUCGUCCUGCCUCGUCGCAAGAUGUCACCGCCGCCACCAACGGCCCGGCGAGGGGCCAACAUCAACCCUCUCGUUCCCCCGCCUGGUCGGCGUCCUUCGGCCAACGGUGGCGGUGGCGGAGGUGGUGUUGGGUUGAAUGCUGGAGGAAAAGGAGGUCCCCAUGGCAGAGGUCGCCGUCACUCACCUCCUGGUCGAUAUGGUUCUCGCUCGGAUACUUGGCGACCUCGAUCAUUAUCUCGCUCUCCCUCCCGAUCAAGAUCUCCUAGUGCGGGGCCGGGCCCUCGAGGAAGCGGUGGAGGCAGGUAUCGUGGUCGCUCCCGAUCUUACUCAAGGUCGCUGUCGAGAUCCAGGUCCCCAGCUCCGCGCCGUGACCGUGAACGAGGCAGGCGCCCCAGCGAUAGUGACGACCAGCGCAGAAGCCCUAGCAGGAGCAGCUACGAUAGUUAUCGAGACCGCAGUCGGUCGCGGUCUCCAAGCCGGGGUCAUGGCCAUGGGAGGAGGGGUUAUCGAUAG